AUGGAGGAGAGACACAGACAGGAGAUAGAGAUGAUGGAGAACUAUGAAGGAGAGGCCAGAGUUGAAGCAGAGAGAAACCUGAUGAAGAUAGUCCUACCUGAGUUACAGAGGAACAUCAUGAUCUCACAGACAAAGAUGCAGAGGGAGUUCAGCAGACAGAUGGAGGAGAAGAAUAGACAGAUGAAGGAGAAGAAUAGACAGAUGGAGGAGAAGAAUAGACAGAUGAACGAGAAGGAUAAACAUAUGGAGGAGAAGGAUAGACAUAUGGAGGAGAAGGAUAGACAUAUGGAGGAGAAGGAUGGAGAAAUGGAGAGACUAAGACAGAAUUUGAAAGAAGUCAGGGAAGCUCACUCAGUGUUGCAGAAGAGACUGGAACGAGAGGGGAAAGUGUCCUCUGCACGCCUGAACGCUGAGGCUGAACGAGCAGCUCUACUCGCUCGCCAAGCAUCCUUACAGCACGCAUUGGAACUGGAGAAAGCUCAACUGAAUGUUAGAAUGGAAAAAAUGGAAUUGGAAAUGGAGAUAGCCGCAUAUAAUGCCAGACUGAAGGUCCUGGAGAGUGUUGAGUCAACUUCUCAAUCCCAUGCCGUGGCAUCCCACUUACUAAGCCAACAAGAUGGAAUGAAGUCCUGUUUAGAGAACCAGGAACCUGAGGUCUAUGAGGAACCGGAACCAUCACCUGUUGAGUUUGCUGCAUUAGAUCAGUUUAAACUCACCUCAGAAGACAAUGUGUUGGCUGAUGUUGGUGAAGAGGUCACCCUCUUCUGUCACCUCUCACCUGACACCAGUGCUGUUGCCACGACGAUCAGGUGGUUUAAAGGGACAGAGUGUAUUUAUCUGUAUCAGAAUGGCCAGGUGACAGAGAGGAGUGGCUAUGAGGGCAGAGUGAGUCUGAUCACCCAGGAGCUGGAGAGAGGCAACGUGUCUCUGAGGCUGAGAGACUACAGGAAGCCAGAUAGAGGAGUCUACAUAUGUCAGGUCAUCCAUGGAGAACAGAAGGAGGAGGCUGCAGUGGGUUUAUGGGUCAGAGGAGCCUCAGGAUCAGAGUAUUUACAACAAGAGACCCAGGAGGACAAGCUGAAGAGGGAGGCAUCAGCUGGUGAGCUUGAGUUGAAGAUGGAAGAAGAAUUAAAAGAGAUAUCAAGACAGGAGAUGACGAAACAACUAGAGGAGAAAGACACACAACUGGAUGAUAUGACCCAGGAAGUGAGAGAGAAAGAGAGACUCCUGGAGGAGAAGAACCAGAUAAUGGGACAGAGGGAGAAACUAUUAGAAGAGAAAGAAAACCAACUGGAAGAGAAAGACAAGCAACUAAAGGAUAGAGACAUUCAACUAGAGACACUGAGAAAGAACCUGCAGGACAAGAACAGCCAAGUAGAGAACUUCAGAAUCCUACUGCAGGAAAAAGACCUUCAACUAGAGGACAGCAACCACAGACUGGGAGAGAAGGACAGACUACUGGAAAAGAAGGACAGACUACUGGAAGAGAGAGACAAACUACUGGAAGAGAGAGACAAACUACUGGAAGAGAGAGACAAACUACUGGAAGAGAAAGAAAACCAACUGGAAGAGAGAGACAAACUACUGGAGGGAAAAGAAAAUGAACUAAAAGAGAGGAGACAGGAAGUAGAAGAGAAAGAUAACCUACUAGAGGAGAGAGAGAAGCAGUUAAAGGAAAGAGACAAACAGGUGGAGGAGGUCAACAAUGAAAAUGCUGAACUGGCUCAACAGAUAUGUGAUGUGAAGACUGAGGUAGAGAGACUGAGAAGAGAGAUCUCAGCCCAGAUGACUGAACCUGGAGAGACGUCAGAUACAGGUUCCAUACUCCCAGUCAGGAGGAGACACAGCAUGGAGGAUCCUCCUGACAUGGGAGGAGAGACCUCAGAUACAGACCCCACGCUUCCACUGAGGAGGACAAACAGCAUGGAGUUAAAUCCUCCAGAUAUGGGAGGAGAGAGCAGCAGUCCAGACUCCCCAGUGUCUCCCAGUGUGUCUGAGCUGAGACUGGUGCUGCUGGGGAGGACUGGGGCUGGGAGGAGUGCAGCAGGAAACACCAUCCUGGGCAGAGAGGAGUUUAGGGCCCAGGCCAGCCCCUCUGCAGUGACCCAGAGGAGUAAGAGGAGAGAGGGGGACGUGUGUGGGAGACGGCUGGUGAUGGUGGACACUCCAGACUGGUUCUGUCCUGGACUCUCUCUGGAGGAGAUGAGACAGGAUGUGGGGCUCUGUGUCCGUCUGUCUGCCCCGGGACCCCACACCUUCCUCCUGGUCAUACCAGUGGAGCCCUCUAAGGGGGAGGAGAGAGGGGUGCUGGAGAGAAUAGAGGAUAUGUUUGGGGAGGGUUGUUGGGAGCACACUGUGAUUCUAUUCACCCAUGAUGAUGGCCUGAAAGAGCAGAGCAUUGAGGAGUUUCUCCAAGCAGGAAGUCAGGACCUCCAGCAACUUGUAGGGAAAUGUGGAAGCAGAUACCACGUCCUCAACAUUAAGGACAGGGCCCAUGGCACUCAGGUAUCAGAGCUGCUGGAGCAGGUAGAGGAGAUGGUGGCAGGAAACAGAGAGAGAUUCUACAGCAGUCAGACCUACCAGGAGGCAGAGACCCAGGUUAGAGAGAUGGAGGGAAAGAUCCAGAGAGAGAGAGGAGAGAGGAAACAGAGGGAGGAGAGAGACUUGAGAGAGAGGCUUGAGAAGGAGCUGCAGGGUUCUCUGAAGGAGAAAGAUGGAGAAAUCCAGAAACUCAAGAGGGAUAUCAGAAUUCUCAGAGAACGAAUAACAGAACUGGAGAGACAGGUGAAAGAAGAGAGGGAUGAGGAGAAGAAAAUAGAACUGGAGAGGGAGCUGAAGAGGGAGUCUGAUAGGAGGGAGGAGAUGGAGAGAAAGAUGGAGAGAUUUAGAGAGAAGACAGAGAAUGAGAGGAGGGAGAUGGAGGAGAGACACAGACAGGAGAUAGAGGAGAUGAUGGAGAACUAUGAAGGAGAGGCCAGAGUUGAAGCAGAGAGAAACCUGAUGAAGAUAGUCCUACCUGAGUUACAGAGUUACAUUAGCUCACAGACAAAGAUGCAGAGGGAGUUCAGCAGACAGAUGGAGGAGAAGAAUAGACAGAUGGAGGAGAGAGGUGGAGAGGUGGAGAGACUGAGACAGAACUUGAAAGAGGUCAGUGAAGCUCACUCAGUGUUGGAGGGGAGACUGCUGCAAGAGGGGAGAGAACCAGACCAGGUCUACUGUCCACUGUACCGUGGUGAGUGA